AUGGGAUGCUGGAUUUUGAAUGAAAAACUCUCAGUGCUGUUAUUACUGGUGUGGCUGGGACUGAACUUCUAUUUGUUUAUUGAUACCUUCCACUGGUAUGAAGAUGACAAUGCUUACAUUUAUACACGGAUUAUGCUGGGAUCAACCCUGGCUUGGGCAAGAGCUUCUGCAACGUGCCUUAAUUUUAACUGCAUGCUAAUCCUGUUACCAGUCUGUAGAAACCUUAUUUCAUUCUUAAGAGGAGCAAGCAUUUACUGUGGAGGAGCACUGAGGAGACAACUUGACAAAAACAUCACAUUUCACAAGAUGGUUGCCUAUGGAAUAGCGUUAAAUGCAACCAUCCAUAUUGUUGCCCACUCCAUCAACAUCGAGCGGUAUCAUUCCAGCCAGUCAAAAGAAGCUGGCGAGCUACGGAAUAAACUUUCUGGUCUUGGCAAGAGCCCAAAUGAAAGCUACUUGAACCCAAUCAGGACCUAUGAAACAAGCACAACAGGACAAGUACUGACCACAAUAGCUGGAAUAACUGGAGUUGUGAUAACUGUGGCUUUAAUUCUGAUCAUGACUUCAUCCACUGAGCUCAUCAGAAGGUCAUGCUAUGAGGUUUUCUGGUACACCCACCACCUCUUUGUGGUUUUCUUCACUGGUUUAAUAGUCCAUGGUAUGGGUCAGCUUGUCCGAGGUCAGACACCCCAGAGUCUGCUGCUUCACAACGUCACCUACUGUAAAGAUCACUACUGGGAAUGGGAGAACGCCACUCAGUGCCCUUUGCCAGAGUUUUCUGGCAACAAACCUGUGGCUUGGAAGUGGGUUUUAAGUCCUAUGGUGUUGUACAUCUGUGAAAGAAUUGUUAGGUUUUGGAGAUUUCGACAGGAAGUCAUAAUUACUAAGGUGGUGAUGCAUUCCUCUGGAGUCCUUGAGAUCCACAUGAAGAAACAUGGCUUUAAAAUGGGAGCUGGCCAAUAUAUAUUCCUACAGUGCCCAUCAGUCUCACAGCUGGAGUGGCACCCUUUCACCCUCACCUCAGCUCCUGAGGAGGACUACUUCAGCAUCCACAUACGGCUCGUUGGGGAUUGGACUGCAGCCCUCUUCAAGGCCUUUGGAGCAGAGGAAAGGGCUCUGAAGGAAUUGUGGAUGUUACCAAGACUGGCUGUGGAUGGACCAUAUGGAUCUGCAACCACAGACAUCUUCCACUACCGAGUCAGUGUGUGCAUUGCAGCAGGAAUUGGAGUCACACCAUUUGCCUCUAUUUUAAAAUCCAUUUGGUACAAAUGCUGCAACCCUAACACAGUACUGGCACUGCAGAAGGUUUAUUUUUACUGGAUUUGUCGAGACCCAUCAGCAUUUGAGUGGUUUGCUGAUCUUCUCUUCCAUUUGGAAACAAAAAUGGCUGAAAAACGGAAAAACGAUUUUCUAAGCUAUCAUAUAUUUCUUACUGGCUGGGAUGAAAGUCAGGCUACUCACAUAGCCCUACAUUGUGAUGACAAGAUGGAUGUAAUUACUGGUUUGAGACAGAAAACCUGUUAUGGAAGGCCAAACUGGGACAAUGAGUUCAAGAAACUAGCUGAAAACCAUCCUAGCAACAGGAUUGGUGUAUUCUUCUGUGGACCCAAGGCGCUCUCUAAGAUCCUGCAGAAGACAUGCAACUCAUAUUCAUCAGUUGAUCCAAGAGGAGUUCAGUUUCACUAUAACAAAGAAAGUUUCUAG